GCAUCCUUUGCCUUCCGGCUAAGUUCAGUCCCCUCCGGCCAGUCCCGCCUUGCGCGCCCAUUUCGAUCCCGAGUUUCCAGCCCGACUCUCCAGGCGCGGGGAGCCGGCCCAGCUUUCGCAGGGCUGCGUCCUGGGGCGGCGGCCAUGGGGGCGGGGACGGCGCCGCUGGAGGGCUACUACUUCUCGGCGGCCCUGAGCUGCACCUUCUUAGUGUCCUGCCUGCUCUUCUCCGCCUUCAGCCGGGCGCUCCGGGAGCCCUACAUGGACGAGAUCUUCCACCUGCCGCAGGCGCAGCGCUACUGCGAGGGCCGCUUCUCCCUCUCGCAGUGGGACCCCAUGAUUACCACGUUGCCUGGCCUCUACCUGCUGUCGGUCGGGGUGGUCAAGCCUGCCCGCUGGAUCUUCGGCUGGUCGGAACAUGUUGUCUGCUCCAUUGGAAUGCUCAGAUUUGUGAAUCUGCUCUUCAGCGUUGGCAACUUCUACUUACUGUAUCUGCUUUUCCGCAAGGUACAACCCAGACACAAGGUUGGCUCAAGUGCCCAGAGAAUCUUGUCAACAUUAACCCUAGCAGUAUUUCCUACACUCUAUUUCUUUAACUUCCUCUACUAUACAGAAGCAGGAUCCAUGUUUUUCACUCUUUUUGCCUAUUUGAUGUGUCUUUAUGGGAAUCAUAAAACAUCAGCGUUGCUUGGAUUUUGUGGCUUCAUGUUUCGUCAGACAAAUAUUGUCUGGGCUGUCUUCUGCGCAGGAAACGUCAUCGCACAAAAGUUAACUGAAGCUUGGAAAACUGAGCUGCAAAAGAAGAAGGAAGAGAGGCUUCCCCCAAUCAAAGGACCGUUUUCAGAAUUCAGGAAAAUUCUUCAGUUUCUUUUGGUUUAUUCCAUGUCCUUUAAGAACUUGAGUAUGCUUCUCAUCUUGACUUGGCCGUACAUCCUUCUCCUGUUUCUGUUUUGUGCUUUCGUGGUAGUGAAUGGGGGGAUUGUUGUCGGCGAUCGGAGCAGUCAUGAAGUCUGUCUGCACUUCCCCCAGCUCUUCUAUUUUUUCUCUUUCACUCUCUUUUUUUCCUUUCCUCACCUACUGUCUCCUAGCAAAGUGAAAGCUUUUCUUUGCUUAGUUUGGAAACGUAGAAUUCAGUUUUUUGUGCUCACUGUAGUCUCUGUAUUUUUAGUUUGGAAAUUCACUUACGUUCACAAAUACUUAUUAGCAGAUAACAGGCAUUAUACAUUCUAUGUGUGGAGAAGAGUUAUUCAAAGAUAUGAAAUUGUGAAAUAUUUGCUAGUUCCUGUCUAUAUAUUUGCUGGUUGGAGUAUAACUGACUCAUUGAAGUCAAAGUCCAUUUUCUGGAACUUAAUGUUUUUCAUAUGCUUAUUUGCUGUUAUAGUACCUCAGAAACUGCUAGAAUUUCGUUACUUUAUUUUACCUUAUGUUAUUUAUAGGCUUAACAUACCUCUGCCCCCAAUAUCUAGACUUGUUUGUGAACUAGGUUGCUAUGCAGUUGUUAAUUUCAUAACUUUUUAUAUCUUUCUGAACAAGACUUUUCAGUGGCCAAAUAGUCAGGACACUCAGAGGUUUAUGUGGUAAUAUCACAGAUAUCUUGAACUCUAAAAUAGAUUUCCACAUUUCCACAUAAGCAACUGAACAGGUGAAAAUUAUGAACUUUUAGGCACAGUGGUGAUCCUCAGAUCACUUUAGAUGUUUUAUUUUUAAACAUCGGCUAUAUGUGUUUUAAACAUAUAUAACAAACCCAAGGGAGUUAAGUGGUAAAAAACUUAGAAACAUUUAAGACUUGCUCCAUAAGCCUGAGCAAUACUGGGAAAAUAAAAUUGUUUACAAUUAUCUCAUGAUAUCAUUUUUGUACUGCUGGCCACUCAAAGCUUGGGAACUUUUUAUAGAUACAAGUUUAAGAAAAUUGGGCACGCAUUGUAAUACUGGAACUUAUGUAUUAAUUCCCAAAAAGCAAUAGUAGACAGAAUAUUUGAAAACUUUGCAAAUGAUCAGGUAAUAUUUUUGAUUGAAAAGUUGCUUAACAUUUCAGUAAAUAUAAUUUUAAUCAUAAGGCAAAAUAGACUCACAUCGAUAGUAAGUGUUAGAAAUUCCAGGCUCAUCUUUGUCUACCUAUGAUUUAAGUUACUGGUUUUGGUUAAAAAUCUAGGAAUGAUGGAGCUCUUUCCCUAAUUUCUAAUGUGAACUAUGUGAUGGCCACAGAUAAAUUGUGUUGAUGAUAAUACCUUUAAAAAGGGGUUUUCUUUUUGACAUAUGUUACUGUACUAGUUUUCUGUGGUUGCCAUAAUAAAUGACCACAAACUCGGUGGCUUAAAAAUAUA